AUGAGCUUUAGAGAAGCAGAGGGCCGCCAGGAGGUCCUGCAUAUCUACCGCCUACUCCAGGCCAUCCAUCAGAAAGACACGGAUCAUAUCAAGAAGAUGGAAAGGCUUGGGGUGGAAAACCUCCUCAAUCUCACAGAGCCGAAGGACGGCACAGGGGCGCUUCACUUGGCAGUUUCAAAAAAUAAUCUUGACAUUGUCAGUGUUCUUCUCUCCCUCGGAGCAGUCCCCGAUAUACAAAACAAACAGGGCCAAACACCAGUUAUGUUAGCUGCUGAGUUAGGCAAUGACGCCAUUGUGGCUCUGCUGGCCCAGAACAAAGCUAACAUGAGGAUCUUGGAUGCUGAGGGUAAAGGUGUGCUCUUCUACUGCAUCUACCCCACCAAGUGCCACACCAAGUGCCUGGAGAUAGCACUGAAGAACCAGGCAGAUGUCAACAAUGUCUCGCUAAAUGGGAUUCACAUCUUCCACCUGAUGUGUGAAAAAGUCUCAGAGGUCCCCUUAAUGUGUAUCAUGAUGUUAGAUGCUGGUGCAGACCCCAAUGCAACAAGUCAGGAAACUGGUGUGACACCGUUGAUGAUGGCUGCCAAAGCAGGCUCCCUAGAGGUUGCUAGAGCCAUUCUUAGGAAAGGGGGAAACGUGAACGCCUUGGACCAUAAACGCCUUACAGCAGUACACUAUGCAGCCAUGGGCAGCUUCUUUAAGGUGAUUCAGCUGCUGUCUGCAUACUCAGCAGACAUGAAUGUGAUGGACCGUGAAUGCUGCACACCUUUACAUCACGCUGCUGCUUCAGGCAAUGCUAAGUGCUGCAAGUUCCUUGCACAGAGAGGUUGUAACCCUUAAGUGAAAAAUUGGGCAGGUUUGAUGCCAUAUCAGAUUGCCAAGACAUCCGGUCACAGAGCAGCAGCUGAGGAGUUGAAAAAUGCAGAGAAGAUAAGAAGGAAAUUCACUGGUCCUGUCAUGUCAAUUUUCUGGGCCCUGACCCUCCACGACUGGUCCCACGAGUAUGAGACUGAAUUACGGCAAGCCUGUGUGGACAAACCAGACAUCAUUAAUACGGAGACAUUCAUUUCUGUGUUAGAGAAGCUAGAUGCUCCGGUUGACCGAGACCAGCUCCAGAAAGUCAUAUCAGCUCAUGAUAAGAAAGGAGAAGGAUGCAUCAACAUGGCUGACUUUAUCCAAGGAGUGAAGUAUAUUGACAAAUCCUUUCUCCUCUCCUCGUAUGUGCCUAAAAAGAAAAAUGAGGGAAAGGCAAAAGAAAGAGGCAAGGGAAAAGGUAAAAUUGAUUAUCCCUUCAUUUAUGUCAUGCCACAAAAAGACAUGCCCCGCAGACCGAAUGGAGGCCCUCCCCUAUACAUGAUUGAGAAGUACCAGGAGUUCUCAGGCAUGUGUACCUUUUCCACCCAUUGCCCACCAUCACAUCCCUUAAUGGACGAUUCAAGAUGGUACAUGGACCCGCCAGAAAAGGAGUACAUCGACAUCUCUGACUGUGUGAUGAAUGAAGAUUUUGCAUCUUUGCAACUCGCAUUCAGCCAGGGGAUACCUGUGGAUAUUUUAGAUCCUUAUUACACCACACCGCUGAUGACGGCCUGCUCCGAUGGCCUCUACGAGAUGGCUAAGUGUCUAAUCCAGCAGGGGGCUGAUAUAAAUAUGAAAGACCCCGCGAAACGCUGGACACCCCUCCACUAUACAGCCUUUGGAGGUGACGCACGGCUUAUUGAAUUUCUGUUAGAGUCCGGGGCGUCUGUAGAUGCCACGAACCGCAGCAAUACAACGCCCCUCAUGUUUGCCAUCCGGCUGGGUAAACUUGAAUGUGCGGAGGUCCUCAUCAAGGCAGGUGCCUGUGUUUAUGCAGUAAACAAGAGAGGACAAAACUGCAUGGACAUUGCACUAGAAGAAGGAGAUGAGCGUGUAAUUAGAUAUGUCCAAGACAAGAUGGAUUCACUGCCAAAGCCAAAGGCCACGCCAGAAGAAACCGUGGCGGCAAAGCCAAAAGCCACGCCAAAAGCAACCGUGGCGGCAAAACAAAAAGCCACCGUGGCGGCAAAGCCAAAAGCCACGCCAAAAGCCACCAUGGCGGCAAAGCCAAAAGCCACCGUGGCGGCAAAACCAAAAGCCACGCCAAAAGCAACCGUGGCGGCAAAGCCAAAAGCCACCGUGGCGGCAAAAACGGAUAUAAAUAAACAAGGACAGUGA